GAAGUCAUUAGACGAUCACAAAUUGAUACUGCCUUGCAACACAUAUCAGAGUCAGUGUUUGUGAGACUGUGUCGUAAAGUGGGAACCUCACAACUGGUUGCCAUGAGGAGAGAUGUGGUGGACAUCUGGGAGCUUGUGGUAAAUCAAGUGAAAACAAUGGAUGAGUUCAGGGAGACGGUGAGUGGAAGUCGACCAGAAGGAUUCAGAUUGAAAGGGUCAGAUGCAGACUUUAUGUACUGGCCAGAAUAUCACCGUGUGGUCUGGAAUUUCUCUUAGUGUCGGUAUUAUAACACACACAGACAAACACUGAUCCUCUGUGACUGUUCUGAUAGUCCACCACGAUUCGCUUUGUUAUACUUACUGUCACCAUGCAGAUACAGAGACAUUCAGAGAGCUUGUGUUAGAAUGAAUAACAGACAUUACAUAUCUAGUUCUAAAUUCAGACAGAUCGUGUGUUCUUCAUCAAUAAUUAACACAACUGAACAUGGACCUUGUGCCAGUGGACUUAUUGGAAGAAUAGAGUAUGAUGAUGUUCACUGUUUUGUUAGUGACUUUUGGCCUCCACCUGCCUCCUCAUGGAUAUAUAGGUGUCAAUCAUGGCCCCCGCCUCAUGUUGUUGAUUGCAUAGUGAAAAUGGAUGUCACUUUGUAGCAAUCGGACAUAAUCUAGGAAGACAUGAAGACCUUGAAUGGAGAAUUUCUUUCUCUCUAGCAGAACAAAAACUAGUGUAUGCUAUGAACCACUGUCAAUUCCUAACUUACAGCUUGCUUAAAUUGUUCUUAACAGAAAUAAUUAACAAUGGAGUAGGUGACGAUGAUAAAUUACUGUGUUCCUAUCAUAUAAAAACAGCAAUUUUCUGGGUGAUUCAACAAAAUACAAUGCCUCAUUGGUAUCCACAAAAUAUCCUGGGGUGUUUUGGGGUCUAUUUUAAACUCAUCCUUAAAUGGGUGUAUGAGGGGGUCUGUCCUAACUUUUUCAUUCCAGAUAACAACAUGUUUUUGAGUAAAAUUCAUGGCCACAAACAAGUUCAAUUAUUUGAUAGACUGUAUGGGUUGUAUGAGAAGGGUUUAGCAGUCCUGUUACACAGUCCUUCUAUAAGUUCUAAUAUAAUAAAUGUCCUCAAUAACCCCAGGCUUUCCAUCUCUACGGAUGAAAAAACUCUGAUUUCUGAGACUAUGUUUGAUGUAAGCCUAUUUGAUGAAAUACAAUCGCAAGACACAAUAAUCACAUUAAAGCUACAAAGGAGUAUGAGGUGUCUACAUACAAUAGAACAGAUGAUAGGUUCACCCCUCCUGACACAGUAUCAAGUCCUUCUCCUACAGAAACUUACUGCUUCUGUCCUUCAGCAAAGUGCGUUUAUAUUACACAUGUCACAAAGCAAUAUUUAUACACUUAAAAACAAUCUGAGGUACAGAGCUGACAUAAUCUCCUGUCAUAUGUUGAAAUUAGCAGCCAAGUUUGGUUUUAUUACUGGCAUACUGUACCUAGCCAUGUAUUAUUACAAGACACAUAGAUACAUGAAAGCAUUAUUUAUUAUAGAGAUGAUCAAGGUCAAGAUAGCACAGCCAUAUGUGAUGCAUAGGACAAAUGUAGAUAAAGAUUUGUAUACUGAGGCAGUAGGGAGACAGUCCUGGUGUUCAAAGAUGAGACAGGCUGUAGCAAUGGAUAUGGGACUUUGCCAUUAAAUCAGUUACAUCAGUGAGUUGAUGCUAGAACAACAGUCUAAUCUACAGAAAGGUUACCAUUUUUU